AGGCUGCCAGCAUAUCCCUAGCUGUGUAUUGCAAGAGGUGAUCACAAGUGGUAAUUUUUUCCUCCACCAAACCUCUAAUUGCACUUAGUUAUGGGAUGGCUAAGAGCUGGACUGCCCAUGCUUUCUCUCAUAUCUAAAACAGGAGAUUUAUCAAACUAGAAGCCAGACUGUCCAGCAUCCUGCGGGCAUUAUAACCAACGUGCUGGAAGCACCACCGAGCAUCCAGAGGUUAUGGAAGGCUUACCAAGUCCUAACACCAUGAAUGGCUAGAUGUAUUUCAUUUGUAGAUCUCUCUGGGGCCAAGGAAUCUCCUCCUUUGAGUGCAGUCAAGCAAAGUGUCCAGAGAGAAGAAAGUCAGCAGGUGCUCCGGCUGUGAAUGAGGAAAGCACCUCUGCCCCCUGCCGUAAGGAGCUAAGGAGCUAUUGCCAUUGCGGGAAGGUGACAUUGUGGCCAAUGUGGUGGAACCUACCAUAAGCAGGAGGCAAGCUGCCAAGGCACAGACAAGCAGGAGCUUGCAGUCAGGUUCAGAACAGCACGGGAAGGGAACCAGCAACAACACGGAGCUCAGAGCCUGACAAGACCUCAUCCUGCAGACAUUAAAGUCCGGCAUCAUGUUCCGCAAAAAGAAGAAGAAACGUCCUGAGAUCUCUGCGCCUCUGAAUUUCCAGCAUCGGGUGCAUACAUCGUUUGAUGCCAAAGAGGGCAAGUUUGUGGGUUUGCCACCGCAAUGGCAGAAUGUCCUGGAUACCCUGAGACGACCAAAGCCUGUUGUAGAUCCUUCAAGGAUCACCCAAGUACAGCUCAAGCCUAUGAAAACUGUUGUGCGGGGCAGCACCAUUGGCUUGGAAGGUUACAUUUCAGGAUUAUUGCAUGAUAUUGAGAAGCUCUCUGUCAUCAGCUCCAACACUCUGAGGGGAAGCCCUUUGGCCAGAAGGAGAGCUCAGUCUUUGGGUGUCCUGGGAGAAGAGAAACCUUUGAAUGGACCCUUUCAGAUUCCAGAACAGAUCCCAUCUGAUAAAUAUGGAAACUAUAUUAAUUGUAAUGGAGAAUCAAAGGCGAGCAGGAGGCAGACAAUGUGGCCUGACUAUAGACCAGUGGAGGAUAACUACUGCAAACCAAAUGGAUCUGUAUUUAAAGCAAAGUCUCUGGAUCCUGGUGAUUUUCAGGGCACUGUGGACCUUAUGGCGCUUUCCAUUCCGUCUCCCAGCAGCUUGCAAAAGGCCCACAUUGCAUCAAAGAGCUUUGAUGAGGAAACUCCCACAUCUAGACAGCUAUCCCAAAUAGUGCCAGUAUCCCCGCGGGAAGAGGGCACAGCGGCAAAGAAUACAGACAGCACAACAAAGCAUAAACUGUUACGAGGUGCGUUUGUACCCUCUAGCCGGGGGCAGAGUGUGGAGCUACUUGCACCAGCACAGCAGAUAAAGAGCGAGGCAUUGCAGGGUCCCUCUAGUUCUGCACGUGGGGUUUUCGCUAAAGCAGCAUCACUUCCUCCAAACCACUUAUCUCCAGACUUCACCAGAGUCAUUUCAGGAGCACCAUCUGACAGCAUAUCCCCUCUGCGGCCCUGCAGACCCUCCCCGGCAGGCUCACCUCGCAGUCGUCCCAUCCAGACCAGCUCCACCAACCUUCACCUUUGCACAGACACUUUUGGCAAAACCCAGCUUGGUAACCAGGAGUCACCGGUGGUAACACAUGAACAGUUCAAAACAGCCCUCAGGAUGGUGGUGGAUCAAGGAGACCCACGCCAGUUGCUGGAGGAUUAUGUGAAGAUAGGCGAGGGCUCCACAGGAGUCGUUUGCAUUGCUCGAGAGAAGCACAGUGGGCGUCAAGUGGCAGUGAAAAUGAUGGACCUCAGAAAGCAGCAGCGGAGAGAACUUCUGUUUAAUGAGGUUGUUAUCAUGAGGGACUACCAACACCCCAGUGUAGUGGAGAUGUACAAGAGCUACCUUGUUGGGGAGGAGCUCUGGGUGCUGAUGGAGUAUGUACAAGGCGGAGCUCUGACUGAUAUUGUAUCACAAACAAGGUUGAAUGAGGAGCAGAUUGCCACCGUCUGUAAGUCAGUAUUGCAGGCUCUUGAGUAUCUGCACUCCCAAGGAGUGAUCCACCGGGACAUUAAGAGUGAUUCUAUCCUCCUAACACUAGACGGACGGAUAAAACUUUCCGACUUUGGGUUUUGCGCCCAGAUCAGCAAAGAUGUCCCAAAGAGGAAAUCGCUCGUUGGGACCCCUUACUGGAUGGCCCCAGAGGUCAUACUGAGGUGCUCAUAUGGUACUGAGGUGGAUAUCUGGUCCCUCGGCAUCAUGGUGAUUGAGAUGGUGGACGGUGAACCCCCAUACUUCAGCGAUUCCCCAGUACAAGCCAUGAAAAGGUUACGUGACAGCCCUCCUCCCAAACUGAAGAAUUCUCACAAAGCCUCCCCCAUACUGAGGGAUUUUUUGGAGCGGAUGUUGGUUCGAGAUGCAGCGGAAAGAGCGACUGCCCAGGAGCUGCUGGACCACUUCUUUCUGUUGCAAGCUGGCCUGCCAGAAUGCUUGGUGCCCCUCAUCCAGCAAUACCGCAAAAGGAACUCUGCAUGCUAACCCUGGUGCCAUUGUGUGAGCAUCAGCAUCCGGGCGGUGACUCCCUGGGAUUAAGGACAUUCCACCGUGAUGGUAUUGGCACCAUAGCCGCAUCUGGAGCAUCUAGAACUUGCAGCGACGGUGUAUUGCUGCCCAGUGAUGAACUGGUUUGCUGACAAGACAUAAGCUAUGUUGACCAUUCUUCUGGUGUCUUUACUGUUAAACAGGGUCAGAUGUCAUUGUUUACACUACUGAGACCUUGGCUGUCGGAGGAGCAAGCAAUUGACCACAUUGGGGGGAAGCGUGGUAUUGCUUACUCCAACAGCAGCAAGGUUGUUCUUGUAUAGCUUCUAUUUUGUACACUGUAACAGAUAUUCUAAAGAAACACAGCAGAUGCGCCUUAUUUUCUGUACAUUACCAAACCGAUUUCCUUCAGGUACUUGGCUGCUAUUUUACUGAAGGCACUUCAUUGACUGUCCAGCAGAGGGUGCCAGUGCCACUGAAAUAACUAUUUUGUCAUGUUCUCUCUUGAUACAGUAUGAAUACGUGUAGUUGGAAUCUGUAUACAGUCUGGGACAAACUGUGCUCCAUUCUAAAGCCAGGAGUGUGUAGCUAGAAAUAUAUGAACAAGUUUAGAGACAUUGGCAUUUAGGCAUACAGAGGCAUCACAAUACCUUUAUACAUUGCAGUACAAAUACACCUUAAAGGUAUUACACUGGGCUACGCUAAGGCAUUUACCUGAACUAGAGGGGUAAUUUGCUUACAGCAUCCUGAUGGGCAUGGCACAGAGGUAACUGUUUUAGUAGUUACCCCCCCCCCCAAUAUUGCACAGUAUCUCCUAAAUCCCGCCUAUUAUGGUACAGGUAUGGGACCUGUUAUCCAGAAUGCUCAGAAUGCUCUGGGGUUUUCCGGAUAAGGGAUCUUUCUGUAAUUUAGAUCUCCUCAAUUUAAGUCUGCUUAAAAUCAUUUAAAUAUUGAUGAAACCCAAUAGGCAUAUUUUGCCUCCAAUAAGGAUUAAUUAUAUCUUAGUUGGGAUCAAGUACAGGUACUGUUUUAUUAUUACAGAGAAAAGGGAAAUAAUUUUGAAAAUUUAAAUUAUUUGCUUAUAAUGGAGUCUAAGGGAGAUGGCCUUUCCGUAAUGCAGAACUUUCUGGAUAACGGGUUUCCGGAUAAGGGAUCCCAUGCCUGUACUGAAGCUGCAGAUGUGACGUAUGCCAGUAAGCAAGAUGGCCGCACGUUAAGGCCUAUCCUCUCACUCUCACAGCAGAAUAUCUAUGUCUCUCUCUGUCCCCAUGAGCAACCGGAUUCACCAAGUAAUUUUUUAUCAUCAAGUUGGUGUCCAUGUAUCAAGGACCUGGAAACGGCAGGCCUGAGUCUUCUUGAAUCACAGCUGACUCUCCCACUAGACCCUGAAGAGCAGUGAAAAUAGUGGGACUUAGGAACCACAAGCACUGAGGAGGGGUGGGACACGACACACAUUUUGUGGUGUUCCUUACAUCAAGGCUCAGACUAUCAAUCUGUGGAUUCUGGGAAAUGCCAAAGUUGCAGCUGUAAGAUGCCAUAGACUUCUGGUCUAUACAAAGCUUUGUGCCAUUUCAGAGUACAUGAUAACAUCCCAUACGUGUACUUUGAACCCCAACGGCAGCUAUUAUUUCCCUUGGAUGCAAGUCUUUGCCAUGUGUAUGUGCACAGGUACAUGGGUAUUAGGCAGGAAAGUGAUUUGGCGCAUCAUAAUCACUGCACGUUAUGAACUGAGGCAGAGUUAAUAGUAAGGCAGCGUUAAUAGUAAGGUAGAGUUAAUAGUAAGGCAGAGCAGCACAUUUUAACAAAAAAAAAAUGUAAACCUGCUGCAAUGCUAUAAUUGUAGGUUGAAGCAUCUACUGCAGUUAAGAAGGUGAAAUAUGAAGCUUAGUACAGGCACGGGAACUGUUAUCCAGAAUGUUUGGGACCAGAUCUGGACUGGGAUUUAAAAUAGGCCCUGUCAUUUCAAGUACACAGAGGCCCAAACAGCCCCACCAGCCCAAUAAAUAGUGAGUGUCUAUGGCACCUUACAGCAGCCCCUCUGGCAUUUGCCAGACUCCACUAAUUGCCAGUCCGUGCCUGCUCAGGACCUGGGAUUUUCCCACUAAAGGUUUUUCUGUAUUUUGGAUACUUUAAGUCUACUAAAACAAAUAUAUAAAACUCUAAAUAAACCCAAUAGAAUUAUUUUGCCUCCAAUAAGGAUUCAUUAGUUACCUAGGUUGGGAUCAAGUACUAAGUACUAUUUUAUUAUUACAGAGAAAAAGGAAAUCAUUUUUAAAAAGUAUAAUGGAGUCUAUGGGAGAUGGGUUACAUGAGUGGCCCACGUAUUACCGUAAUGACAAGGGGGUUAGUUAACUAACUUCACUGCUCCAUGCCCCCCCCCCCUUUUGUUCCCAGGGUUUAAGGGCAGCUGCAACCCCUAUAGCAGUGAUCCCCAACCAGUGGCUCGUGAGUAACAUGUUGCUCCCCGACCCCUUGGAUGUUCUUGCUGUGGCCUCAAAGUAGGUGAUUAUUUUUUGGGCUUGGAGGCAAGUGUUAAUUGCUAAAACAGAGCCUUCUAUAGGCUGCAAGUCCACAUAGGGGCUGCACAUAUAGCUCUUAUUUGCUCCCCAACACUUUUUCCAUUUGAAUGUAGCUCACAGGUAUAAAAGGUUGGGGAUUCCUGCCCUAUAGUAUCUCAUAAUAGACAUCAGCACAUAGUUUCAUGUUGUGCCUCUACACCUACAGACCAUGCCAUUGGUUGCCCCCUCCUUGUUCUAGAACAUGCUCUUCUAUCCUGAAACUGUUCUUCUGUUACAGGAAGUAUUAGACAAAUUCUUACCAAUCCGACCAAGUACUGCACGUGCCAAAUAAUGCUGCUUUACAUGAGGAAUGUCUAACCUGCUGCCCUCAACAUCAGCACAUUCUCCCAUUGCAUCUCAUCCUGCUGAUAUGGGUUUAGGAGAAAUGGAAAGAGGACAAACUUGAGGCCUAAACUUAGACCCUUGUGUUUAGCUGCUGUGACAUGGGACCUGUUUGUGUGUUUGAGCACUUUGAAGGGAAAUGUUUGAAUAAAAGACCUUUGAUGACUGGACACAAUCAGUCCCAA